GUCAUUAUUGUACCGUGUUGUCUAGCGGAUAUUUUAGAUUCAACAAUCUUAUUUUAUAAAAUAAUUAGUUAAAAUGAUGCAAACCGCCAAUAAUGUAUAUUAUCCCGAUUAUUCCACUGCUCCAAUGCAACGUCAAAUUAAUCCUUAUGCCGACAAUGGAGGGAGUGUAGUAGCAAUAGCAGGUGAAGACUUUGUAAUAAUUGGUGCAGAUACACGUUUGAGUGCUGGAUUUUCCAUUUACACCAGAGAACAAAACAAACUAUUCCCGCUAUCAGGAACUACAGUUUUAGGUUGUGCAGGAUGUUGGUGUGAUACUCUAACAUUAACCAGAAUCCUUAAAUCUCGCAUGCAGAUGUACCAACAAGAGCAUAACAAAACAAUGUCUACAACUGCAUGUGCCCAAAUGUUGUCAACCAUGCUCUACUACAAGAGAUUCUUUCCUUAUUAUAUAUCAAACAUUCUUGUAGGUUUAGAUAAUGAAGGAAAAGGCUGUGUUUACAGCUAUGAUCCAAUAGGACAUUGUGAAAAAGCUACUUACAGAGCAGGUGGUUCAGCUGGAGCUUUGCUCCAACCCCUUUUGGACAAUCAGAUUGGACAGAAGAACAUGCUUAAAACAUCUGGAGAACCUCUUAGUCAGGAGAAAGCUUUGUCUACACUGAAAGAUGUAUUUAUUUCUGCUGCUGAACGAGAUAUCUACACUGGAGAUAGUGUACUUAUAAAUAUUAUUACUAAAGAUGGAGUAAAGGAAGAGUCCUUCCAGUUGAGAAGGGAUUAAAAGCAAGCGUUUUUGUUUAUAUUAUUUUCUUAUGUGUAAUUCAAAUAUACUUUCUAAAUAAACAAUUUUAAGAU